AUGUCUGAACUCACCGAAUGUAACUGUGGCCCGGAAGGGCUGCCUUUAUCUGUCAGACGGUAUACCUAUCGAAAAGAAGAUUUUCCCCAAAUCAUUGAGCUUGAGCGCGAGCGCCUUCACCGUUCACUGCAUCCUAUUAGAACUAUAUCCGAUGGAAUAUACCAUGAUGGAAAUUUAGAUUCCUUGGAGGAGUCUGAAGAUGUGUUUGAAUAUGUUAUUUUCGCUAUUGAUACGGCUACGUACGAUCGUGACUUCCUAGAUCCGAAUACCGAACCAAGACUUUCUAUCCACACCACAUUCGAUCAACAUAUCAAUUCAUUAGCCGUCAAAAUGAUCCUUCACGAACACGAAGAGCUUUCUGUUGCUCUCGAAACAGCUAUAGGGGACGCGUUAGGUCCCAUGGGGCUUAAAAGAUCAGUCUACCACUACCGUUCCACCACAUUUCCUGUGGCCAAUGGCUCCAAACAACCAGAUGCAGCAUGGGGCCCGAGACGACCACCACCUGGAACUCCGCGAAGACCCACUGUGGUAGUGGAAACAGCAAUCACUGAGACAAACACCAAAUUACGUCGUGAUGUUGGCCGAUGGCUCGACCCAAUCGAUAGUCUCGCGAAGAUCGUACUAGCCAUAAAGGCAGACCGACAGCGCCCCAAAAUCACCAUCGAAAGAUGGCAAAAUACUGGCGCCAACGCAGAGAUCGAAACUGUUCAGACCAUCGAGAUCAUAGAAAGCAGUGAAGGUGACGAAGUCACAGUGAACGGUGGCCCGCUCCGUAUUCCCUUCCAUCUUCUCUUCCUCAGACCCGCCGUACCUCCUAGAGAGCACGAUAUAAUUAUUGAUGAGCAGGAGCUCAAGGAUAUUGCCCAGUUAACCUGGGAGAUUAUUUUCUCGGGUUAA